AGUGUGGCCCCUGCAGGUGGGAGCCGUUACUGAGAUGGUGCCUCCUGCCAGCUCCCAACAUCUGGUCCCAAAGCCCAGCCGCUCCAGACGGGCUCCUCCCCACCCUCAGUGUCCUGAGGACUUUUCUCUGCCCCUCACACAGUCAGGGCUGCAGCCCAGACCCCUGGGCUCAUCUCCGUGCACCUGCUCUUCCCGCCUCAGAAGCUGCAUCUGGACAGAGCCCCCAGCUCCUGUAACGGCUACUUCCUCUCCACGGCCCCACCUCCUCUGUGACCCACAGCCUGGGUGGCCCAGACUGAGCCACCUGGGGGACCGGUCCAACAGCAUUCCGCCUCCCAGGAUAAAACCUGGGGUGACCUGCAGGACUCUACGCCCUGCAGCCUCCCCACCUCUUCUCCUGCCGGUCCCCAAAAGCACAGCCUCUGUUCCCUCCAGAUCGUUGUCUGGCUGGGCGUCCACCCCCACCAGCAUGGUGGUUUCCAGGCCGCUCAGAGCCCUGGGUGGGGGCUGUGUCAGGAGCCUCAUCCCGCUGCUGCUUCUGGUUUCCACAGCCUCCCUCAACGACGCCAAGAUCCCUGCGGCCCCCGACUGUGGGAAGCCCCAGCAGCUGAACCGGAUCGUGGGCGGGGAGGACAGCAUGGAUGCCGAGUGGCCUUGGGUUGUGAGCAUCCGGAAAAAUGGCACCCACCACUGCGCUGGUUCCCUGCUCACCAACCGCUGGGUGGUCACCGCUGCCCACUGCUUCAAGGGUGACCUAGACCAGCUGGAUCUGUUCUCUGUGUUGCUGGGGGCCUGGCAACUGGAGACCCCUGGUCCCCGGUCCCAGCAGGUGGGCAUUGCCUGGGUGCUGCCCCACCCCCUGUACUCCUGGAAGGAAGCAGCCCGUGCUGACAUCGCACUGGUGCGCCUUGAACACCCCAUUCAGUUCUCUGAGCGAGUCCUGCCUAUCUGCCUGCCUGAUUCCUCUGUCCAGCUCCCUCCCAAUACCAGCUGCUGGAUUGCAGGCUGGGGGACCAUCAGUGAUGGAGUGCCCCUGCCCUACCCACAGACUCUGCAGAAGCUGAAGGUGCCCAUCAUUGACUCAGAAGUCUGCAGCCACCUGUACUGGCGUGGAGCAGGGCAGGAAGCCAUCACAGAAGACAUGCUGUGUGCUGGCUACCUGGAGGGGCAGCGGGAUGCCUGUGUGGGCGACUCUGGCGGUCCCUUGAUGUGCCAGGUCAAUGGUGCCUGGCUGCUGGGAGGCAUCAUCAGCUGGGGCGAGGGCUGUGCAGAGCCUGACCGGCCAGGCGUCUACACCAGCCUCCUGGUCCACCGCUCCUGGGUACAGAGGGUCGUGCGAGGGGUGCAGCUCCGCGGGCACAGGACGCCCAACCCAGGCUCCCAGGUGGCCAGGCGCUCCUAGAGCCUCGAAUUCCCAGUCCACCUGCAGCUGCCUCUGUUGUAAAUACGAUGUUUACCUCUUGGGGGCGCCCGAGGUCCCCGCGGAAUCUGGGAAGGCCACGCCCACACCAUGUUCCGCUCCCGGCCCCGGGCGCCUGCUGUAUAUACAGGAUAUGUUCAUGAUUUUUACAGUUAUUUUUUAACCUUACCUAUAUAUUUAUUCCUUCACUUUCAAUAAAUUAUUUAUUCUCCAGUU